CUGUGUCCGUCAACGAGUAACAAGAUGGAGGUACAUGGUCAUAUGUGUUAUGAGUUCUUCGAGCAACAGAGUACAACCCACGAUCAAGCCCAGACUGCAUGUGAAGUCAAAAAAGGAUGGAGUAUUGCCGUAGUCGCAAAUCGUGAAGUGUUGAAUAUUAUCCGAAAUCAUUUGAAUCUCGAGAUAAGAUCACAACAAAAUUAUUGGGUAAAAGUUCACCAAGACUUUGCAGAGGAACUGAAUGCUACAUGGUGUACUUACGCAUUCCUCGUGUAUACCAAUUUUGGUAAUCCUGUCGGAAAGCUUGGAUACUAUGAGCCAUUGGAAGGGGAGGGUGAUAAAUGCAACCUGACAUAUGGCUAUGUAUGUCAAUAUGAACCCGUACCCAUCACUGAGUGUGCUUUACUAGAAGUUCCAGACAAUGGUUAUCUCAAAAACAACACUCGACAAGUCGGAAGUGUCGCGACAUUAGGAUGUAAAUCAGGGUACAUCGACAAGAAGAGACGCGAGACUAUAUCUAGAACAUGUCUGGAAACUGGUUUAUGGAGUGGAAGGUCCCCAAAUUGCAUAGAUUUACAGUUUCUACAGAAUUCUACGAAUUCUACAACAACGACGUAUAGCCCCCUGGGACCAUUUCCAAAUAUUGCAGCGAAUAGACAGUCAAAGCGCGACAACCAUUCUUCCGAGUCGCUCGGUGUAGGAGUGGGUAUAGGACUUGGCAUAGCAGCUGUUCUUGUUGCGGGGUUUAUUGUUUUUCUGAUGUACAGACGUUAUUCAAAAGCAAAGGAAUUCAACGGUGACCAAAUGAACGCUGAACCAACGUCAUUUGACAAUAGAGUAAUUCAAAAAGACCAUGCUAUAGAACCUCCUUUUCCGUUGGAGGCGAUGGUUGGCACGGGGGAUAUCAUCGGAGUCUCUGAAAAGGACAAGGAAGCAAAGAUCCCCGAAAAGGACUCAAAGAACCCAUUCAGCAAUGGAGUCAUGUGAUAAAAUCUACGGUGAUCUAAAUUUAGUUAUAUGUACAAAAUAAUAUGGAGAUGACGAUGCGACAAGUACACUUACUGACUUGAGCCAGUUUUGUGAAUUCACGUUAUAACAUUACUACAGAACAGGGGAGUAAUUCACCAAACUAAGCACGAGUAGAGAGCUCUGUACAUUAUAAAGAACAGCACAGCAGAUUUUAUGACCAUGUGCUUUUAAACAGUCAUCGAUGUAAAACGUGAAUCUUUGUGUAAAAUAUGCGCAACAUAUAUGUGCAAUAAAUAUUUGGACAUUAUGUUAUGUCUUGGUCACAUUUCAUCGGCCGGCGCCCGGCCGAUUGAGUAUCCUGUUCAUU